AUGACAGACACACACGAACGUUCUGCAAACGAGACGUCCCCACUUGUGGGACCAGGACGUGGGCCUAACGAUGAUCCAGUGAACCCGAUAUCAGACCUUGGGGGACACUAUACUUCUGGCACGGAGGAUACACACGAUAUCUCGAAAACAAAAAGCAGCUGGUACCUGUUUUUGCUAACAUUAAGCAUUGGCGGUUUACAGAUAGUAUGGGCUGUUGAGCUCUCGAAUGGUUCGCCCUACCUCCUAUCCUUGGGUAUGAGUAAAGCAUUGCUCGCAUUCGUAUGGAUUGCAGGCCCUCUUUCCGGUACACUGGUGCAGCCUUAUAUUGGUAUCUGCAGCGACAAUUGCCGGGCAUCAUGGGGCAAACGAAAACCAUUUAUGAUCUUCGGCGGAAUGGCCACGGUCGUGGCUCUGCUGGCCCUUGCAUGGGUGCAAGAGAUGGUGGGCGGCUUUCUCGGAAUCUUUGGCGCUGACCCGGCGUCUUCGGGCUCCCGGACAGUGAUUAUCAUUCUAGCGACCAUCUUGAUGUAUUGCUUGGAUUUUGCUAUAAACACAGUCCAAGCAGGCAUUCGGUGCUUCAUAGUCGAUAAUGCACCCGCCCAUCAGCAGGAGUCGGCAAAUGCCUGGGCUUCCCGAGUUACGGGCGUGGGAAAUAUCCUGGGAUACAUAUUUGGAUACAUCGAGCUACCGAAAUAUUUACCCUUCUUCGGCAACACCCAGUUCAAAGUGCUGUGUGUGCUGGCGUCUAUUUCACUUACCGUCACGUUGUUGAUCAGCUGCACAUAUAUCAAGGAGCGAGACCCAAGAUUAGACUCGCCAUCGUCAGCAGGAAACCCUGGGAUUGUUGCCUUUUUCAAGCAGGUUUUCAAGUCAAUUAAGAACCUACCACCGCAGAUAGCCAAAGUCUGCGAAGUCCAGCUGGCUGCAUGGGUCGGCUGGUUCCCCUUUCUCUUCUAUGCCACGACGUACAUUGGACAGCUUUACGUGAACCCCAUUUUCGAGGAGCACCCGGAUCUUUCUGAUCGAGAAAUAAACGACGCAUGGGAGGAAGCCACUCGAAUCGGGACAUUUGCGCUUCUGGUUUAUGCAAUCAUUUCCUUCGUGGCGAACAUAGCGCUGCCACUUUUUGUCGUUCCCACCUACGAUCCCGUUGUCCCUGCUCAAGGUGGCCAUACGGAUGGCAAUUUUGACGAGGAACCUUUCCUGAACGACAGAAGAAGGUCAUUCUCGAGUAUCCCGAGUGGGGGUGGCCUCGAGACCUCGGCCAACAUGGCGGGCCCCGAAAGAUACGACACUGCCGAAGGACCGAAAUGGUUGUCAAAGUUGCAGAUCCCUGGCUUCACUCUUCGCCGAGCUUGGCUCCUAUCGCAUGUGCUGUUCGCACUUUGCAUGCUCAGUACGUUCUUCGUGUAUAGCUAUCAAGCCGCUACGGUGGUCAUUGGGCUAGUUGGAAUCUGCUGGGCAGUGACGCUUUGGGCACCCUUUGCCCUAAUCUCUGCGGAGGUGGCACGCAUUGAUGCGGAACGUCGGAUCAAGCGUCAACGCUUGGAGACGGCCGAUGGCGUUGAUGCUCACAGCACUCAUGCCUCAUUAGAUCGGGAGGCCAUCGACGAUGAUCUGGAAACUGGCUCGACGUCAACCCCUCUGAAAGCAGGGGCAGCGGACGAAAAUCUGGCGCAGGCGGGGAUCAUAUUGGGGCUGCAUAACGUGGCCGUUUGCGCACCUCAGAUCCUGUCGAGUCUGGUUUGCAGUGCCAUCUUUAAGAUGGCUCAGAAGCCCAGAGGCGAGCCGUGGGAUGACAGUGUUGGAUGGACGUUGAGUGUUAUCCGCCGUGGUGGCGGCCUGGACUUCUUAACAAUGGCCAAACAACUCAUGAGCGACACCUUCCACCAGCUGCUCCGGAGAGCGGCGGAAUCCGAGACAGACCCCGACGAAGAUGCGCCGGAAGCCGGAACCAAGGAGUUCUUCAGCUCCUGGGCCCUUUUCAUCCUGAUCAUGCUCCUGAUGUUUGCUCUGUUCACGAGUUACAUCCUCCAACAAAAGAAGAUCCAGGCAGUUCACGAAACGGUCCUGUCUAUUUUUGCGGGUAUGUUCGUCGGGUUGAUUAUCCGAUUGAGUCCGGAAUCGCCUAUCCAAGACAGCGUCACGUUCGAUUAUCAGUUCUUCUUCAACCUCCUUCUUCCACCGAUUAUCUUGGCUUCGGGAUAUGAGCUGCACCAGGCGAAUUUCUUUCGGAACAUCGGCACUAUUCUGACCUUCGCGUUCGCGGGCACCUUCAUUUCCGCGAUCGUGCUCGGACUGGUCUUGUAUGUCUGGACGAGGAUUCCGCUGGAUGGACUGAAUAUUACCUUUGUGGAGGCGAUCUCCGUGGGCGCAACGCUGUCGGCUACGGAUCCAGUCACUAUCCUAGCCAUCUUCAAUCUAUAUAAGGUCGAGCCGAAACUCUACACGGUGAUUUUUGGCGAAUCGAUCUUGAACGACGCCAUCGCAAUCGUCCUGUUCGAAACGGCACAGAAAUAUGCGGACAGCGAAGCCGGAUCGCUGUCCUUCCUCAAUAUAUUUGAGGCCAUCGGUCUGUUCUUGCUGGUGUUCUUUGGUAGUAUGGUGGUAGGCAUGAUCGUAGGGAUCAUGACUGCGCUGGGCCUCAAGUAUACGCACGUUCGUCGGCAGCCGAAGAUCGAGAGUUGCUUGAUUGUCCUCAUUGCAUACGCCAGUUACUUCUUCUCCAAUGGCGUUUAUCUUUCCGGAAUUGUGUCGCUCCUUUUCUGCGGCAUUACGCUGAAGCAUUAUGCCUACUACAACAUGUCACGCCGAACGCAGUUGACUACAAAGUAUCUUUUCCAGGUGAUGGCUCAGUUGUCGGAGAACUUCAUCUUCAUCUAUCUUGGACUUGACUUGCUCGUCCAACGGAAUCUACAGUUCAAGCCUCUCUUCAUUAUGGUUGCCAUUUUCGGUAUCUGUAUCGCUCGUUACCUCGCGGUUUUCCCGCUUUCCAAAGCCAUCAACUGGUUUAUCCGAUACCGGGCUCGACGCCGUGGGAUGGAUGUCGCGGACGAGCUGCCUUUCGCCUACCAGGCAAUGCUCUUCUGGGCAGGAUUGCGAGGAGCGGUCGGCGUCGCGCUUGCUGCGGGCCUCACGGGUGUCAAUGCCCCAGCCCUGCGUGCGACGGUUCUCGUCGUUGUCGUGCUGACCGUCAUCAUCUUCGGAGGCACGACCGCUCGCAUGCUGGAGAUUCUUGGUAUUCGCACGGGCGUGGUCGAAGAGCUGGAAUCGGACGAUGAAUUUGACAUCGAGGUCACCAACGGAGGCACAUACUACAAGCGCUCUGACACCGCUCUCGGAUACACGCCUCGUCGGAUGGAUUCCACUAUUCCUUUGGACGGGAUGCAACGAGGAACAGUCGACCGGAAUGAUAGCUACUCGAGUGGCAACAAUCGCCGCCCCAGCCCACCGCCGCCGUCCUCUUCCGGCAGGAGUCGUGGCCAUUCGCGACUCUAUUCAAACGCUUUCAGCCCCAAGGACACGCAGACGAGCCGGGACCGGUCCUCUACGGCCACUCUCCUUAACGGCGGCGGCGCCCCGAGCCAUAGUGGCAGCAGCGCGGCUAGCGAGGAUGAGUUCGGCCUGAGAACCACCGGCAAGACUCGGGUGUCGGAUGCCGACCAAGUCGAUGCCUUCGAUCUGGACGUGGACGAUGCUCCCUCGGAUGACGACCUGCCUCCAUCUGCACACGCAGCGUCUCGACUCCGACGAUCUCCCUCCCAUCUGAGCGCCUCCCAAGCACCCCCUUCAGCCAGCGUAUCUCCCUCAAGACGAGAAGCAUCAGGAAUGAGCGCCAGAGAUGCCAUCCGCGAUCUUUUUUCGGGCGGAGCGUCCGGAGACCAUGCCGCCUGGUUUCGGCAGCUGGAUGAAGAUUAUAUCAAGCCCCGACUUCUGCUGGACCAGUCAAAUCACAAGGGGCCUGGUGCCGUUUAG